AACAACAAGGAGAGGAGAGCUGCUGCGAGCGAUUGCGCCGCGCCGUUUGUUCGUCCCGCAACUGCAAAAACGUCAAAAAUCAAAUCAAAACUACCUCUAAGAAAUCAAUAUUUCCCGUGCAUGCGUAAAAGUGCAGUCUAUGCAGUGCAGUGUAUACCUAAUUUUCUUUGUAUUGUAGACCGGGCGGUAGAGAUAGAUACUCGUACUUUAGUAGAUUCGUAUUUCCUUUGUUCCCACUUUAUAGCCCUUAUGUGAAAAUUGGUCGUUUAUUUAACUGUAACAAUCUGUACACUUAAAAAUGCGUUUCCAUUAUAUGUAUUAUAUAUUAUUAACUUUUGUAAUUUUUAAUGUUUGGGGGUCCAAGCAUUUCCGAUUGGGUAGAGGAAGAGGAGGCAAUUUAGGUUUACCUGGAGGGAGCAACGUAGAACAUUUACCAGAGCCUCGCUGGUUUACGCAAAAAUUAGACCAUUCAAGUCGAACUAACAACCAAACAUGGGAACAGCUUUAUUACAUGAAUGAUAGUUUUUUCGACUUUAAUAAGCCCGGGCCAGUAUUUUUGAUGAUUGGCGGGGAAGGCCCUGCAGAUCCAAGGUGGCUAGUCAAAGGGGCAUGGAUAGAAUAUGCAAAGAAAUUCAAAGCUCUUUGUCUUAAUUUAGAACAUCGCUACUAUGGAAAGUCGCACCCUACUGAAGAUUUAAGUACCAAAAACUUAAAGUAUUUGUCAUCUGUUCAAGCACUAGCAGAUUUAGCAUAUUUCAUAUCAGCCAUGAGAGCCAAGUACAGACUACCGAAUGCUGUUAAAUGGGUAGCGUUCGGGGGCUCCUACCCCGGCUCUUUAGCUGCUUGGCUGAGAAUGAAAUAUCCGCAUUUAGUGCAUGCUGCUGUCUCCAGCAGCGGACCGCUUCUGGCCAAAGUUGAUUUUAUGGAGUAUUAUCAAGUGGUUCUGAAUGCAUUACGUGAAAAAACUGGAGGAGACGAAUGUAUCACAGAGUUGAUGAUUGCUCACCAACAGAUUGUGACACUGUUGAAAAAGUAUCCCAAAGAAAUUGAAAAGGAGUUCAAGGUCUGCCAGGCUUUCUCUAAUGCAACUAGUGAUGAUAUAAGGAAUUUUUUCAACUCCAUCGCUGACGAUUUUGCCGAUCUAGUUCAAUAUAAUGAGGAUAACAGAAUUGGCGCCGACAAUCGUUUUAAAAACCUCACGAUAAAUACAGUGUGCAAUAUGUUAACUAGCCGUGGAUCAAAACCAAAACCAGCUUACAAGAAACUUGCUACCUUUAAUAAAAUUAUGUUGGCUAAGAAUAACCAGACAUGCAUGGACUACAGCUACAAAAAUAUGAUUCAGGAACUGCGCAACGUAUCAUGGGGAUCAGAAGGGGGUCGUCAAUGGACAUACCAAACGUGUACCGAGUUUGGAUUUUAUCAAACUUCAUCCCGAGAAAUUGAAGUAUUUGGAAACCUAUUUCCUCUUGAUUUUUUUAUUAAGCAGUGUGAGGAUAUAUUUGGUAAAAAAUUCAAUAAGGAUUUUGUGAAGGCAGCCGUUAGCUCAACGAAUACUAACUAUGGUGGCUUGGACAUAGAAGUCAGUCGAGUGGUAUAUGUACAUGGUUCUGUAGACCCUUGGCAUGCUUUGGGGAUCAUAAAAACUAAAGACAAUGAUGCACCGGCUAUAUUUAUCAAAGGAACUGCGCAUUGCGCCAAUAUGUACCCUUCGAGAGACGAGGAUCCUAGCGAGUUGGUGAAGGCCCGUGUCGAGAUCGAGCAGCAUCUAGACUCCUGGCUCGAGCUCCCUUGACUGUCUCUGUACACCUGCUUACACCAGGUUUUUACCCAUGCAACUCCAGAUGAUCUUGAUAAUACUGACUGUGUACACUGGUUCCUGGCUCGUCAAAUUUUUAGGCUUAUCGUUACAUGGCUCGGCCUUGUGUUUUUCGUCGCGAAAAUGUUAUACAUGAUCCGUACCACGGCAUUCCAAAAUGCUAUAUUGGCACGACUGAUCCAGCAAGAACGUAUUAAUGAAAGACUGCGCCACUGAAUACCAUGUCCACAUUGUUCUUAGUCAUUCUGAAUGUCAACAAUGUAAUAAAUAUGUAACCAAUUAAAUAUGUAAUCCAGUAACUACAAUACAUACACAAAUUAUUGAUAUUUGUCGCCGUUUUAGAUACAUAUAUUGUGGUUACCAAUGUAAACCAGUAACUACAUAUUGAUGUUUCUCUUCGAUUUAGAUACAUAUAGUUACCAAUGUAAUCUAGUAACUACAAUACAACUUAUUAAUGUUUAACUUUAACUACAAUAGUAUAUAACAUUACGUAUUAAUGUUUGAUGUCAAUUUAGAUAUAUAAAGCUAACAAUAAGUAACAUCUUAUAUUUAAAAUUAUAUUUAUUGAAUUUUCUUUUAUCUUAAUUAAAAUUAAUGAUUGCGUCAAUUUUAUAUAAUUCAAAUUGAACUUAUAAUUGCAUUUGAUUAAUUUAUAUUUGUAUUGCGUCCCAUUUAAUGGGAUAUUAUGCUCAAAUUUCAUUAGUACUAAGAACAGUAAUCAAUCUCGUAAAAUAAAUUAGAUCUUAAGAAUACUACUAUUGAAGAUUAAUGCAGUGUUUGCUAUUAUAUUCAUUCACAAUUAUAUUUAUCACAAUCGUAUUAUAUUAUUUGAGCUGUCAACAGCGUCAUAGUCCAGAAACGAAAUUAAACGAAAUAGUAUUAUAUACUUUUAUCGUAUUGUAACUCGUUAUAUUACAUGGAUAAGAUAUAAUCAAUUAAAAUAUGUGUUAAAAUGUCA